UGCUAUUAACGAAUCAUGUGCUUUUUUUUAACUUUUUAUUAUUAUUUCAACAAUGUUUCAUUUUGCCUAUUUAAGGCAAAUCAGAUGAUAGGUUCUGAGCAGUACUAAGGAUACUAAGGACGCACCACAAUUUGCAAACAGCAAAUAUACUAGUGAUUCCAAGUUAUUACGAUAAUGAAGGCGGUGGCAGCAGCAAUAUGUGUUUGGUGGUACAUAUUGACGAUAGUGGUUGUUACGCCUUCUUUGGCGGUCGAAGUCAUUGCGACAGCCGACGAUUGUGGCCAAACACUAGGCUACUUCGGCAGCGUAGGAUUCGAAAUAGAAAAGGGUCUCACCAACAUUAAAUGCUACUCAAAUUUCCUAACAAGACUACGUAAUAAAAUCGAAGCACCCGGAGUUCGAAUUUGCGGUUUACCAACAACACAAAACCUUCCAUCAACAAAUACCGAUUUUAUUACCAUCGACCUUAAAAUCAGCAACACAGAAUGGGUUAGCGUCGGAAUAGACCCCAAAGAUUUAUACGUUUGGGGAUACCAAGACAAAGUCAACGGUCAACUUCGGUCUAAUUUCCUCAACGACGCAACUCAACGAGCAAGAGAUCAUCUUUUCCCUAACGCAGUUAUAAGUAGAACCACUAAUUUCGGAGGUAACUAUAAUUCACUCGUUAGAUAUUCUAAUGUAAAUAUAACAUCACUUUCAUUGUCGAUGUAUAAGUUAAGAGAAAGCAUCCAAGAUGUGUAUGGAAAACCAUCAAACGAGCUAAACACCCCUAAAGAAGCUGAAUUCUUUAUGAGGGUUGUUCAAAUGGUUUCGGAGGCGGCUCGAUUCAAGUUCAUUGAGAAAGCCAUUGUAGAUGGGGAUACUUCAAAGGAUACUAAGUAUAAAUUAGCAGGUUACUUGAAUGAUUGGUCUAAAAUUUCAAAGGCAAUUUAUAAAGCAAAUUCGGUGACUGUUAAUCCGUGUACUACUUUUCAGGAAACUCUUGUAGUUGGGAAUCUUGAGUAUAAAGUUUACUUUGAUAAAGUAAAUGAUGUCAAAUUUGAGAUGGCAAUUCUCUUGUAUACGGAUGUUACUAUAGCUACAACACCAAACCAUGAUGAAGAUGAUGAUCGUUUUAAUCUUCUCCGUCGUCGUCCAUUUCUUAAAUCGGCGGUGGUUAUGUGAUCAACUCGACGUACUGAUAGAGUAUAAAACUAAUUUUGUACGUCCGAAUCCUAUUCUAUUUAGUGCGUCAUAAUUGCUUAUGUGUAAUUGUGUAUGUAUGUUUCCUUUUCUGUGUGCGGCGAACAUCAGCGCCUUAUAAAACCAACUAUAUAUGGAUUUAGCAAUCUCUUUUGAUAAUAUCUAUCAAUGUACUCCGUACAAGCUAAGCUAAUUAUAAUAAGAUUGUAUAUAUUCUUUCAUAUAGAAUAAGGUUUAUUGUUUA